AACCGAGUUUGUACCAGCAGGCGUUACGUCACUUUAGGUCGUGUCCCACCUGGGAAAUAACGGCCUAAAGGAGCAAACUCUUACUAGUUCAUACAACAAGCCAUAUGGUACUAGUGUUAGUCACCGACCUGCCAAACAAGUAUAGUGCGACAGCUUAGUGACUUAGCAUAUUUUUCCCGAAGGUGCUACCAAAACGUUUUCAUCGUGCACUGAUAUUCAGACACAAGGAGUGAUGUCCUGUACGUGCACCUCAGCUGUGAGAUUGUUCCUUAGCACCGCUCACAGAGGACUGUCAUGCACCCGAAUCCAGCUGUUUUCUCUGAGUCGUCAGGGCUCUCGGGAAACUCCUUUUCAUCCACGGGUGUGUGUCAGGUCGUUUUCAGACACCUCUGUCUGUUACGCAGCUAAAGAUGGGACAACGAAAGACGGCGGAAAUGAUUGCGGAAAGAAAAGUGUCAGUGAGGGAAAAAGACUGUCUGGUUCUGGAGGAUCAGGCAAAGGGGGAAGCCAGUUACGCUGCCCUAAAUGUGGAGACCCCUGCACACAUGUAGAGACCUUUGUAUCAUCAACACGGUUUGUCAAAUGUGAGAAGUGUCAUCACUUUUUUGUGGUCCUUUCGGAAACGGACUCUAAAAAAGGGCUAAACAAAGAACCAGAAUCUGCUGCGGAGGCUGUGAAAUUGGCGUUUUCACAGAAACCACCUCCUCCCCCCAAGAAGAUAUAUGCCUAUCUGGACAAAUAUGUUGUUGGCCAGUCUUACGCUAAAAAGGUCCUGGCAGUUGCUGUGUAUAAUCACUACAAGCGCAUCUACAACAACAUCCCUGCAGGAAGCCGACAGCAGGUGGAGGUGGAGAAGCAGCCGUCUUUGACACCUCGUGAGCUAGAGAUGAGAAGACGAGAGGAUGAAUACAGAUUCACAAAGCUGCUGCAGAUUGCAGGGAUCAGCCCUCAUGGAAAUGCUCUGGGAGCGACCAUGCAGCAGCAGGCGAGCCAGCAGCCGCUUCAGGAGAAGAGGGGUGGAGAGGUCCUGGACUCCAUGCACUCAGACAUCAAACUGGAGAAGAGCAACAUUAUACUCCUCGGUCCGACCGGUUCAGGAAAAACAUUAUUGGCACAGACACUGGCACGUUGUCUUGAUGUUCCAUUUGCAAUCUGCGACUGCACCACUCUGACUCAAGCCGGAUACGUGGGAGAAGACAUCGAGUCGGUCAUUGCCAAACUUCUGCAAGACGCCAACUACUCAGUGGAGAAGGCACAGCAAGGUAUUGUGUUCCUGGAUGAGGUUGAUAAGAUUGGCAGCGUGCCUGGAAUCCAUCAGCUAAGAGAUGUGGGCGGAGAGGGAGUUCAGCAGGGUUUGCUGAAGCUCUUGGAGGGUACGAUCGUCAAUGUGCCUGAGAAAAACUCCAGAAAGCUAAGAGGGGAAACGGUGCAGGUCGACACAACAAACAUUCUGUUUGUUGCGUCCGGCGCGUUCAAUGGCCUUGACAGGAUCAUUAGCAGAAGAAAAAAUGAAAAGUAUUUGGGUUUUGGAACUCCCUCCAACUUGGGUAAAGGGCGCAGGGCAGCUGCGGCGGCGGACUUGGCUAACAGCAGCGGUGAGACGGACACGGUGGCCGAGAUCGAGGAGAAGGACAGGCUGCUGAAGCACGUUGAAGCCAGGGACCUGAUUGAGUUUGGAAUGAUUCCAGAGUUUGUUGGCCGUCUUCCUGUUGUUGUUCCCCUGCACAGUUUGGAUGAAGAUACGCUGGUCCGGAUCUUGACUGAACCACGUAAUGCUGUGGUGCCACAAUACCAGGCUCUGUUCAGCAUGGACAAAUGUGACCUCAAUGUCUCCCAAGAUGCUUUGAGAGCCAUCGCACGUAUGGCUUUGGAGAGGAAAACUGGAGCUCGUGGACUCAGAUCCAUCAUGGAAAACCUCCUCCUUGAGCCCAUGUUUGAGGUGCCGCACUCGGACAUUACUGCUGUGGAGCUGGACAAAGAUGCUGUCCAGGGAAAAUCAGAACCCAGAUACAUCAGAGCUCCAGCCAAGGAGUCUGCAGAGGAAGAGUACGACUCCGGCAUCGAGGAGGACAACUGGCCUCGGCAGGCGGACGCUGCUAACAACUGAACCACGUCGCUCGUUUCUCCUGCAGGUCAAGCUGUCUGAAAUCAUUCAUUACCAUGAACGUUUUGGAUACUAAGUUUGGUACCAACUCUUUUCUUACUGCGCCUGACAAAUAAACUGUGGACACUGACGAAGAAGCUUUCACACUGAACAAGUAAAGAGAGAGUAACAACCUUUGGUCUCGUAUCAAAUAAUUCUCUACUGGUGCACUCACACUGUGGACCUUAUAUGAAAUAUUCAAUCUCUGGGGAUUGUUAACAGUUUAUCUAUAUAAAGAUAAUGCAAUUUUAAUUAUAGAAAGUAUUUGUAGCUAGUUUGUAUUCUCUUUUUGUGGUGAUUGGCUGUACUGGCAAAGGAAGCAAAUGGAAAUAAUGGGAUCAUACUGUACACUUGAAAACUGGGGGGGGGUGGGAGGCGCUUAGAAAGUGUAGAUGCAACUUUACCAUGUUAAGAAAUGCCUUAAGUUCAGAGGGCAUGAUAUUCCAUGAACACAUCAAUAUUUUGAUGUUUCUGUCUUUACCACCAUUGUAGUAAUGGUGCUCCGAGUGAAAUCAGUGGUAAAUGUUCAGCUACUCCAUAGGUUGUCUUUGCAAACAGUUUGUAUGAUACGAGCUCUUAUCAAAAGGACAUAUUGUGAAAUAAAAACACACCAGCAUGCUAAGCACAGCAGGUGACAAAGAUUAGCUCCUUUAUUUAAGCAGCCUGGUUAUUUUAGUGUUCAGCUUUUUCUUUUCGACAACUAUUAAGAAUGUUUUCUUACAGACCUCCCUAUGGCAGGAUUAAUUCAAACAGCAGGAAUUAGUAGAUUGUAAACAUGUUUGAAGUGAUCAAACUUUUUUUUUUUGCAGUUGCUGUCCUCCAAUAUGAGCAACUCACCCCCCUCAAAUUAAAUCUUUUUUUUUUUACAUUGCUCUCCCUCUGAGAGUCUCCUCAAAUAAGUGUUUUUUUU